AUGGUAUCUGACCUUCUGUUGAUCUUUUUCCUGUGGAACAUUUUCCAAGGUAAAUUUCUCACGCAGGCAUGGUCAUUGGAAGAUGGCGAGGACCUCCUGUCUUUCGUUACUUUACCUCAAAUUAGAGCUCCCAAGUUGAAUGUGACGAUCUACAACGAGCUCCAUGCUGCCAGUGGAUAUUGGUUUGUGGCGCCGUAUGGAUUCUUGGCCGGCAGCCCGCCAACUGCAAAAUGGGAACCAUGUCAAAUUGGGCCUCAUAUUUAUGACGGUAAAGGGGUAUGUGAGGACUCUUCAAUGUGUAGCACAGGCAUGGACAGUCUUAUUAACGAACUGAAGCACCUGGUAUGGAGCGGAGCUUGUCUCUUUCGAAAUGAAAAUACUUUCGACUUUAGGCCUAUAAGCAUUGACAGCGUUUCCUACUUAUCAUUUAUUCAUGGAAGUGGCUAUCCUGACAGAUGGAAGGGCACUGCAACACUUCUUCAGACGGCAUAUGGACCAGACCCUGCCAUCAACAUCAGCAAAAAUCUUGCUGCAAUCGACAUGCAUGAGUUCAACAUCAUCAACGAAGGACGAUCCGCCUUGGUGAUCACCUCUGAGAGGGUGGUGCAGAAUCUUUCAGAUCUCGGCUUCCCCGAAAUGGAGACAACAAUCACGAUGAAGGGCUUUCGCGAAAUCGAUUUGGCCACGGGUGAAGUGAUAUUUGAUUGGAACUCAACGUACAUUCCUUUGAAUGAAAGUUCCCUUUACUGGGAUGGGUCCUCAGAUGAAGAAGGGUGGGAUUAUCUACACAUCAACUCUGUCGACAAAGACACAAACGGAGACUACUUAAUCUCAGCUCGGUAUGCCGACUGCAUUUAUAAGGUCUCAGGCCAGGAUGGACGGAUUUUGUGGCGCCUCGGUGGAAAGGCAACAAACUUCGAGUUGGAUGGCUUCAACUUCUCCAAGCAACACGACGCGAGAUUCUACGAGUCCAAUCCAUCACGUACAAUCAUUUCGUUUCUCGACAAUGCCGGGGACGGGACAUCCCAGACAUCCGAUUAUUCUUCAGGCCUCGUGGUCAUGCUUGACACGGCUGUAGCUCGGAUGACUGCUACGGUGGUUGCUCGAUAUCCUUGCCCUGCCAAGAGUUUGUCAGUUAGUCGAGGAAAUAUGCAAACGCUCCCAAACAAGAAUGUUCUGAUCUGCUGGAGCGAUGCAGGCUAUCAUAGCGAGUUUACUCCGGAUGGGGAAUGCGUCCUAGAAGCAGGGUUUGCCUCCGAACGCUUUUCAACCUACCGAGGAUACAAGUUCGACUUUGUGAGCUAUCCCACCGAGCCACCAAUCUUGAAAUGCUUUGUGCAUGGAGUGAGACCUGAUACGUCCACCACGGUCUGCUAUAUUGCUUGGAACGGUGCAACCGAAGUCGCUUCGUGGAUAUUCUUCACCACCACUGGCACCGUUGGCACUGUGCCCAAAGUGGACUUUGAAACUGUGUUCAUGACCGAUGGUCACCACAAGUCCGUCUGGGCAGAAGCAGUAGACAUUUAUGGAAAAACCCUGGGCCAGUCUGGCAUAGUAGAAAGUGUUGUUCCAUCGAGCUGGGAAUCAGUGGACAUUGAGGAUGGUGGUAUGAGUCCAGGUAAAGGUAAUAGCACAGUGCCCAUGGAGCUCCAUCAAGUUGAUGUCAAACCCUGUGCCGAAGUCGCAGCGAAGGACUUGGGUAUCUUCCAAGAGGACCAAGAUGACUACUCCAUAACCAGCUUUUUGCGAACUCCGGUGGCCUGGCUUGAGCGUAAGUUCACUGAUGGGGUCAUUCAACUGGCACAACAGUACGGCUGA